UUUAAAUAACUGCCUGGGAAGUCCCUUUUUACAUUUCUGUUUUGAGUGGUUUCCGUCGUUGAUGUUACAAUGAUGAGUAGAAUUCCGAGGUUGCUGCUUUUUGAUAUCGAUGGUACUUUAACUACGUCGGCACACACGGUUGGGAAAGGCGGUAGCUCUUUAUUAAAGGCUUUAUCAGUAGCAUUUGACCGAAACAUUGAAAGAAACGGCGUCGUUUUUUCUGGGGGCACAGAUCCAAGCAUAACAAAAGAUGUCCUGAUUGCCAAUGGUAUAACCAGUGAUAACUCUCAAAACUAUGCACACUGUAUAUCUAAAGCAUUUGAAAUGCUACCAGGAGUUGUAAAAACUGGUAUUGCAGAUGGGAGUUAUUGUUGGAAAUCGUUACCAAAAGUAAAUGAAUUACUACAAGUGUUAUCUAAAAGGAAGGACGUAAAACUUGCACUACUAACAGGAAACCUGCAAGCCACUGCACUGUUAAAACUCAAGUCAGCACAAAUAGACGUGGAUCUUUUUAAACUGGAAAACACAGAUGAGCUUUUCGGAGCAUUUGGUUCUGACCCACAUGACCAAAGGAGUGAUUUGGUUACUGUGGCAAAAGCAAGAUAUUCAGAGUUUUUGGGUCACAAAAACAUAACGCCCAAUGAUAUGAUAGUUAUUGGGGACAGUCCAAAGGAUAUAGAGUGUGCUCAUGCUAACAAUGUGCCAUGCCUUGCAGUAGCAACUGGAAUGUUUAAGACUGAUCAACUACAGACUGCUGACUGUGUCCUGGAGAACUUUCAAAAUGUAGAUGAAACUGUUCGUGCAAUUGUUGAGACCAUACGAAAAAUAUGAUAUUUUUUUAAAGAAUUAAAUUUAGUUAAGGUGCUUUUAAUUUAUUAAACUGCAAAUUUUAUAAUUUCCAUACACUAAAAUUCCAAUAAAAUAGAAUUGUGUAUAUGCUUUAAUAUCACAAAAAAUGGGGCAAAAAAACUUUUAAUAAAGUAAAACAAAA